ACGGGUAAACAUACUGUUGGUAUAUAUGCACACUUUCUGUCCGGUGUUGUACUGUCAGGAGGUACAAAUUAUCUGUUUGUGGAACACAAGGAACCCAACGUUCAGUGAGCUGCGAUGUCUACAGUACCUCCUCCUCAGUCUAAAGGCGGCAUGGCAGACAACAUCCCUCCUCCUCCAGCAUACAGCUGGUCUGGAGGGACUUCACAACCGAUGCCCCAACAGCAGCAGCACCUUAACGUGACCACUGUCAACAUGGGUCCUCAAGGUGCCCUUGUCAUGUUCCCACGGGUACCAAUAAGCAUCACGUGCCAGUUUUGCCAGGCAUCCAUUGUGACCUCAGUGGAAAUGGUCAACGGCGACGCAACUUGGCGAGCAGCUUGCAUAUUAUGCCUCUUGGUUGGUAUAAUUGGCUGUUUGAUACCGUUUUGUAUGGAUUCUACUAAGGACGCCGUUCACAAGUGUCCAAACUGUAAGGUUGUCCUGGGCACGGACCCUGGGCACUUCUGCUGAGUGAUGUCAUUGGCCAGAAGUUAACUGCACCUACAGAAAGAAAUAGUAACAGCCAUUGUCAUUUAACAGAAAACCCAAAGAAGAAAAACAUGCAAUAAAAUACGAUUCAACAUGAA